AUGAGAAAGGCUUGGAAAGUCAUUGAUCUGAGCCGGAGAAGUCGAGAUCAAGCUCGAAUGACCAGGGCUGGCCGGAGCAUGGUCGGAGACGGCCAUAGAACUCGAAUCAAACAAAGUUUGGGCCAAGCUUCCUCAUGGUCAGGCCUUGAAACCACAGUAACCAGGCGUUUAGGAGUUAUGGGAGACCGAACUUUGUCUAUUAAUCUUCAAUCAUCACCUACUGCCUCAAAGAAUACACCUUCAGUUGUUUGGUCAAUAGGGUCAAAGCCUAAACCGGAAAGGAAGCCUAUUUCGGGUUGUAGGGUGCAUGUUUACAGCAAUGGUGAUGUUUAUGAGGGUGAGUUUCAUAAAGGAAAAUGUUCAAGAAGUGGGGUUCAUUACUAUCAUUUGAGUGAGAGGUAUGGGGGUGAUUGGAUAGAUGGAAAGUAUGAUGGAUACGGGGUUGAAACAUGGACGAAAGGGAGUUGGUAUAGAGGGCAAUAUAAGCAAGGAUUGAGACAUGGAGUUGGGAUGUAUAGGUCUUAUACAGGGGAUUUGUAUGCUGGGGAGUGGUGUAAUGGACAGUGUCAUGGUUCUGGAGUUCAUACUUGUGAAGAUGGAAGCAGCUAUACCGGGGAGUUUAAGUGA